AUGGGCGAUCGCGGCGACGAGGAGGUCCCCGCAUGGAUGGAGUCUGGCAGGGGCAACAGCGAGCCUGGGCGCGUCGUGCCGGACACGGGCGGCGCAGGCCCCAGGCGCGUGAAUGACCGUGGCGACAGCGGCGGGCCGAAAGUCAGGUGGUCAGGCAUGGGCAGAGAAGCAUCAAGCCGAGUCAUCCCGAACGCGGGAGGGGUCGGCCCUGCGCGAACGAGCCCCCGCGUCGACGCUGACGGGCCAGGGUGGAUAGAGUCCAGCAGUGGUGGCGGCGACCCAGGCCGGCUCAUGCCAUAG